AUGUCGCGCAUCAAGACAGCUCAACACUACUCCCGUCUUCUGCGACUCUGGCCCGCCGACGUCCUCCGCCCUGAGCGCACAUUUGCCGCUCAAGUUCUCAUUCCACGUCUUCAAAACGCGCCCUCUCCUGCUCGCAACGAGGAGGCGGAGAUCAAUGCGGCAUAUCUCCUGCUGGAAAACUCCAUUUCCAAACAAUAUCCACUACAGGAGAAGCUGCUACGACCGGCGAGUAAUCCGGACUUCUACACGGAUUUGAAGAGGAAGCUGGCUGAGGCGCCGAAUGAGACGUGGUGGAGCAGCAAGAUGAAGUGGCUGAAGAACAUGGUCAGGUUCAAUUGA